AUGGAAUCACUCUUCAAAAGACCAUUCAUGGUCUACGGCUUGGCUGCUGGCCUCCGCACAGUUCUUCUCUUUUACGGGGCCUGGCAAGAUGCCCACUCAGCUGUCAAAUACACAGAUAUCGACUACAUGGUCUUCACUGACGCCUCGCGCUACGUAUCUCAAGGGGACUCCCCUUACGCCCGAGACACUUACCGCUACACACCAUUGCUAGCGUGGAUGCUCCUCCCCACGACCUGGGCCAUCCCAGGAUUCUUCUCCUUUGGCAAGGCACUCUUCGCGCUGUCCGAUGUUGUGGCAGGCUGGCUUGUCGCGAAAUCGCUGACCCUAACGCAUGGGAUGAGCGCGGAGCGUGCGUUAAAGUAUGCCAGCUUCUGGCUACUGAACCCCAUGGUUGCAAAUAUCAGUACCCGUGGGAGCUCGGAAGGGUUACUGGGGGUGCUAGUUGUUGCGCUGCUCUGGGCUGUCCUGAAUCGCAGGAUUUACCUUGGAGGUGUGCUUUUAGGGAUUGGUGUACAUUUCAAGAUCUAUCCAUUCAUUUACGGAAUGUCUAUUCUUUGGUGGUUGGAUGAGAAGGAGUUCACGACCAACAAGGCUCAAUCGGAAAGUCGGGAGGUCAAACCCAAAUUCAAAGACACCCCUGUCGGCAUCUUCAUCUCGCAGAUCCUGUCGUUCAUCACCCCGUGUCGUAUUCGGCUCACCCUAAUCUCGCUGCUCACAUUUGUGGCCCUAAACGCGGCAAUGUACCUGCACUACGGCACUCCGUUUCUUCAACACACCUACCUGCACCAUCUUACGCGCAUUGACCACCGGCAUAAUUUCUCGCCUUAUAGCACACUACUCUACCUCACUGCUGCUUCUUCAGCCGGUGCCGUGGGCCAUGACGCGGGGGGUCCUAGCGGGAGCUUCGAGUCUCUUGCCUUUAUCCCGCAGUUACUCAUCUCUGUUGUUGUCAUUCCGCUCGUUCUAGGGAAGAAGGAUCUACCAGGGACAAUGCUUGCACAGACGUUUGCGUUCGUGACCUUCAACAAAGUUUGUACGAGCCAGUACUUCCUCUGGUAUUUGAUCUUCCUCCCCUUCUACCUCCCCACCUCAUCUCUCCUCCGAAACCCGCGGCUCGGGAUAGCAGUCGCUGCACUGUGGAUUCUUGGCCAGGCCCUCUGGCUGCAACAAGGCUACCUGCUCGAAUUUCUGGGCAUAUCGAGCUUCUUGCCCGGAUUGUUCCUUGCGAGCUUGGGUUUUUUUGCGGUGAAUGCUUGGAUUUUAGGCGUUAUUGUGGCCGAUGUUGGGGGUCUGAAUCUGGAGUCGGGCAAUGAGAAGCGGAGGGUGAAAUAG